AUGGCGAUGCUUGUAGAUAUAGACACCAAAAUCGAGUUAGGGUUUCCGUACUGGAAGCCAAUUCGUCGACGUUUUGGCCCCGAAUCUCCUUUCUUCUCUUCUGGAAACAUCGAGAGAGAACUUCUCGCCAAACAGGUUGCGUUGGAUUUAACUGAAGAUGAAAAGCAUAGGCUACAGAAUUUGGUAGACGAGGAUGACAGGGAGGUGUCUUGUCCAAUUGUUGGUUGUGGUGCACAUUUGAUAUCUUUGGAAGACUUUGAAGACCAUUAUAAUGCCCGGCACACUGCGUCGUGUUCAGUUUGCUCUAGAGUUUACCCAACAUCGCUCCUGCUUAGCAUUCAUGUAUCUGAAGCACACGACUCUUUCUUUCAGGCAAAAGUUGCUCGUGGUUAUGCCAUGUAUGAAUGUCUGGUUGAAGGUUGUGGAUUAAAAUUCAAGAAUUACAAAGGCAGACAACAGCAUUUGGUAGAUAAACAUAAGUUCCCCAGUUCAUUUGAAUUCUUUAAGAAAGCACACCUAUCCAAGAAAGCAAGACAGAAGCAACAACGCAAACAAGCUAUUCAUAGGAGUGAGGAAACUUCCAACAAAAUGGACAUAGAAGGUGAAACCAUUGAUGGCCUUGUUUCAGCAGUAUCUAAGUUAAGCACUUCAGAUUCCUCUCCUUCUUCAAUCAGCUUUGGUCGCCGCAACACUCGUGGCGUCACAUUUGUACCUCGAGCAGUUCAGCAAGAGAAAAAGGCUGAUUCUGCGCUAACUGGAACAAAGCAAUAG